AUGCUCUCCGCAACGCGGCACGCCUGCCGCCUCGAGCGCGCCGCCCCUUUCCGGCGCCACGGUACGCGCACCCUUGCGACAGCGGCGCCGCAGAAACGCGCCGGCGACAUCUCAGACGCCUUCGUAUCGCUGAGCGGCCAGGACCAUAAGCCCCUGGAGCCCCGCUUCGCCGAUCUUAAGCGCCGUCUUAUUGCGGGCCGCGAGGAUGCCGUGCGCGACUCUUGGGUCCGCCUGCUCACCGAUCUGCGCCAAGAGAUCCCGCUUAUCGUCGAGCUGGGGAGCAAGGCUGUGCCGGAGGUGCGCUUUGAGGAUAUUGUCGCGGGCAAGGUGGAUAAGCGCUUUGUGGAUGAACAUAAGAAGCGCGGUGUUGCUAUUGUGAGGGGCGUGGUGGACGAGCAGGUGGCGUUGGGCUGGAAGGAGGAUUUAAAGCAGUAUAUCAGGGACAAUCCGCAGACCAAAGCGUUCCCAAAGGACAAUCCGCAGGUUUUCGAGCUGUACUGGUCGAGAGCCCAGAUGCAGGCUCGCACACACCCCAACAUGCUCAAGACGCAGCAAUACCUGAUGUCGCACUGGCAUACGAAAAACCCCGCUGCGCCCAUCUCGACCGCGCACCCAAUCGCGUACGCAGACCGCCUGCGCAUGCGCCUCCCAGGCGACGCCAAAUUCGCCCUCGGCCCGCACGUCGACGGCGGCAGCUGCGAGCGGUGGGAGGAGAACGGCUACGGCCGCGGCCACGUCUACGACAGCAUCUGGGACGGGCGAUGGGAGGACUUCGACCCAUGGGAGAGCAGCUGCCGGCUCGACGUGCAGAGCGACCUGUACGCGGGCGUCGGCGCCUGCUCCAUGUUCCGCAUGUUCCAGGGGUGGCUGAGCAUGAGCGAGACGGGGCCCUUCGAAGGGACGCUGCUGGUCAACCCGCUCCUCGCAAAAGCAACCGCCUACUACCUGCUGCGGCCGUUCUUUGCGCCCAAGCGUGGCCCCUCCGCAACAAACACAAACAUCACAGACGCCGCGUUCCUGCACCCGGAUAACUGGGCCCUAGAGCCCGAGCCUUCCUCCGCCCUACAAGGCGCCUACCCCGGCCACGGCCAAGAGCUCUCCCCCGCCCUGCACCCCCACCUCUUCCUCCCCCGCACCAUGGUUCACGUGCCGCGCGUCCGGCCCGGCGACUACGUCGCCUGGCACUGCGACACGAUCCACGCGGUGGACGCGACGCACGCGGGCGCCGCCGACAGCUCGGUGCUGUAUAUCCCGGCGUGUCCGCUCACGGCAUCGAAUGCGCGGUUCUUGGCGAGGCAGCGCGACGCGUUUUUGGCUGGCACCCCGUGUCCGGAUUUUGGGGGUGGGGUGGGCGAGAGCGGGCAUAGGGGCCGUUUGGAAGGGGAGGAGGUGCGCAGGUUUGCGGGUGUGGAGGGCGCGAGGGCGUUGGGGCUGGAGAGGUGGGGCGGUGCUGCUGGGGCUGGGGCGUUGUUGGAGGGGCAGCGGAGGGUGCUGGAGGUGGCGGAUCAGGCGUUGGGGUUUAGUUGAGGGGGGGUGCUGUUGGGAUUGCGUUUAGAAGUGAGGUUUGUAAUGAGAAUGGUUGCUGGGGAAGACAUGAUGUGUGUGUAGAUGUUGUGUAUAGGUAUAUGUUUAAGUGUAUGUACAAUAAAGUACAGUACACACAUAUCCCUCCAUCCACCCAUUCAUCCUCCCUUCCUCACCUCCUCUCCUCCCUACCAAGCCAAAGCCCUCAUAUACGAUAACGCCUAGAACCUAUUCCCAUAUCCAC